AUGGAGGAGGGCGACCAGGCGUGGCUCCCUACCGGAGCGCUCGAGAAGUCCGCCGGCCCGAACGGCGGUCUGAGGGCGUCUUCCGGCCCCAUGGCGCGCCCUGCCGGCCAGGGAACGCACCUGCACGGCCCCCCGGGGGACAAGCGAGCCUCGGAGGCGACCCUCCCGCCUCGCCAGGAAAAUGGCGGCUCCCGGGGAGGCGCCCGGCACGGCUUGCCGCCGGCCCAGGCGCGCCACCAGACUUCGGCACCCACGAGCGCGGCCGGUCGGUCUGCGGGGGGCGGCUCCGACGUCGCACCCGGCCCCAACGCCCCAGCCCGGCCAACGCAGGCGGCGCGCAAACCGGCCGCGUUCCCGGCCGCGGCGAACGGCGCCGGGCAGUCCGGGCGCCUCGAUUCCGGCCACACCGCGUCCCGGCGUCACGACGCCGGCUCCGAACGGCCCCGAUUGCCUGCUACCGACCCUGCGGACGCCCCGGACAUUUCCGUGCCGGUGCCCCCCCGCGGGGCCCGCACCGUGCCUCUCACGGACACUGCGAGCGCCGCGGCCGCCGCCGCGAACGCGCGCAUGGCGCGGCAGGUCGCUGCUCCCCCCGCGGACGUAAGCGACCCCGCGACGACGCACCACCCCGUGCGCGCGGACUUCCGGCUGCUCUCGCCGGAAUACGCCCUGGACUACUGCUACCGCAACGCCGGCGUCGACCCCGAGGCCGCGCGGCGGGAGCUCGACCGGCGAUGCGCGAUGUGUGGGUUGGCGCUGGGCGAGGUCCACGAGCUCUUCCGCGGCCGGUUCGCGUCGUGCUCCGCGCACAGACCGGCGUACUGCGUGUGCCUCGAGUGCGUCGCCAGCAAGCUCGCGCGCGGCGAGGGCGGGAAGUACGCGUGCCCGGUGGACGGCUGCUCGAAGCCUCUGUCAGUGUCGGCGACGCAAUGGGGCGAGGACGAGGGGCGGCACCCGCGGCAGGAGCUCAUCAGCGCGCUGCAGGUUCGCGUCGAGUGCCCCUUCUGCGGCCUCCGCGCGUUCGACACGGGCUCCGCGUGCGAGCUCGCGGCGCACAUCCGCCGAGGCGGGUGCCACAAGACGCCCGUAGUUUGCCCCACGUGCCUGCGGGACGGCGCGGACCUCGCGGAGCACGGCGUGGUGCCCGCGGACGGCUUGAUUCGGCACAUGGUGGCCGCGCACGGCGUCGACGAGGCGAAGAUACCGCAGGGCGAGCGCACGGCGAUGGUGCUGCAGGCGCGCAAGGUGUCGCACGCGAUCGGCGGGCUCGUGGUGUCGCACGCGGUGCUGCCGCAGGCGUCGCCGCCGGGGAGCCCGCGCCGCGCGCCGAUGCGCGGGAUGUGGUUCCCGCAGGCCGCGGGGGCCGCCUUCGCGCGGGGCGGCGGGAUUGGCGGCGGCGGGGCGCCUCUGGACGAGUCCGCGCAGGCGACGCUCGCCGCGAUGAUCAGCGAGCGGAACACGCACACGUCGCGGGACUUCGACUUCCUCCCGCGCCCGGACAGCGAGAGCGACGACGAGAUCCUGUACGACGACCCGCGCCGCGGCCACAGCCGGAAGCGCGACCUGUCGCGCCGCGCAGGGGCGCCGAAGGUCCGCAAGGAGAAGAAGGCCGGCGGCGCGCGCCCGGCGAUCAAGCCCGCGACGACGGCCGCGGCGAUCCGGCCGCAGCAGGCCGCGCCGCGCCCGCAGGCGAAGCUGCACCGUGGCCUAUCGGGGUCGUUCGACGCUGUGCCGCCGCGGCCGGCGGCCGUCGCGCCGUCGGUGCGGCGCCGGAGGGAGCUCGCGGGGUCCGGGUCGCUGACGGCCGCGAUGGCGAACGCCGGGCGCGUCGCGCGGCUGACCGUGCAGGUGAAGGGCGACGGCGUUCUGGGCCCGAACAAGAGCAGCACGAAGGCGGCGCGCGGGCUGCACCGGCGGCUGCGCGCGAACCGGCGCGAGGCGUGCGACACGUGCGCGCCGCGGAAGGUCGGGUGCCGGUGCCCGUAUGAGCCGGGCGAGAAGAAACCGGAAGGGUAUGAUUCCGACGUCCACGUUAUACCGUCUGGGGCUGAGUCGGAGCUGACUGGGUGCUGGGCGCCGAUGGGGACGUCGGACGGCGAGGGCCCCGCGGCGAAGCGCCAGCGCACGUCCGGGCCGCAGGAGUCGGCGGCGGGGGCGGCGGAGGCGGAGCUGGACGGCGUGGGGCUGGAGCCGGACGCGACGGCGCAGGAGGGCGGCGAGGACGCGAGCAAGAAGGAGUCGGAGUCGUGA